GGAAUCCGCUCAGUGUCGCUGCUGUAGCUGUAGGUCUCACUUGUAAUUCAAGCCCAUUGGGAAACGGACUCAUCGAAAACAAUUCCACUAGGAACGCUCGGUUAAUGUAUGCCACGCUGUAAGACUGUAUUGUCACCGUAUUUCUGAAUGCCACAGUUACCAAAGGAAAAUCCCCAAAAGAGCGUCGCCUGAAAACUUCAAAUGGAAAGAGCUUGGCGAAUGCAAGACGUACCAGGGAGAUCCGAGCUCUGUUCAUGAGAGUAAAGACUAUCACAUUUCAGUCUGUCAAUCGCUUACUUGCUUGAAGUGGAUCUUUGGUAUGGACUUAACAAGGAGCUAAUGUCAAGUGGACUUUGAAAAUAGUUUAUAACAUAGAAGACGUCAUUCUGCCGGGUUGUUUGAUACGCAUUUUCGUUUCCGUGAGGAUCUGUUUGAAAAGUCCGUGGAAAUGGGGGAACAGCCGAUCUUCACCACCAGGGCUCAUGUCUUCCAAAUCGAUCCCACCACCAAGAAGAACUGGGUCCCGGCCAGCAAGCAGGCCGUCACCGUCUCCUACUUCUACGACAGCACGCGGAACAGCUACCGCAUCAUCAGCGUGGACGGUUCCAAGGUGAUAAUUAAUAGCACAAUCACACCCAACAUGACCUUCACUAAGACCUCCCAGAAGUUUGGCCAGUGGGCGGACAGCAGGGCUAACACCGUGUUUGGACUGGGAUUCGCAUCAGAACAGCAACUCACAAAGUUUGCAGAGAAAUUUCAGGAGGUAAAAGAGGCUGCAAAACUUGCCAGAGACAAGUCUCAGGAAAAGAUGGAGACCUCCAGUAACCAUUCCCAGGAAUCUGGUCGGGAGACUCCCUCAUCCACACAGGCUUCCAGUGUCAACGGCACCGACGACGAGAAGAUCUCUCAUGGGGGCCCGGAGACGGCACUACUCCAAAGCGAGAACGACCGACUAAAGACUGCCGUGGAGCAAAGCAAUACUAAUGCCAAGAAGUGGGAGACUGAACUACAGACCUUGAAGGAGAGCAAUGCCCGUCUGGUUGACUCACUGCAAGAGUCCAAUACUAAUAUUGAGACGUGGAAAAAACAACUGGCCACCUGCAAGGAAGAAGGUGAUCAGCUCAGGAGCAAGAUCACAGAGCUGGAGGCCCAGUGUAAGGAGGCCAACCAGGAGAAGGAGAGGAAUGCCCAGCUCGCACUCCGAGUACAGGAGCUGGAGGCCGAGCUGCAGGACAAAGAACAGGAGCUGGAGAACCUGCGAAAGCAAGCCGAGAUUAUCCCACAGCUCAUGGCUGAAUGUGAGAGCAUCACUGGAAAAUUACAGGCUGCCGAAACGGCAAAUAAAGAGCUGUCUGAGAAGAUGGUCGUCCUCCAAAGCGAUGUUGAUGAAAGCCAACAAAAGCAAGGGAACAUGAAGGGCGAGCUGAAGAAGUUCAUGGAUGUUUUGGAGGGCAAAAUCGACGAGCUGCACGAGGUCAGGCAGGGCCUGUCCAAACUGGGCCUUGACAACUAGGAAACCCGCUUUGUGCCGACGCCACUAUGGGAAACACCGAAGAUGGGAAGUUGUCAGCAUAGAUCACCACGGUACCAUGUCCCAAGUGGAUUCCACUUAUAAUGGAGAACAAUCACAAUAAUAAAUGAAAAAGUAACAGCUAUAAAACAAUGGCCAUGAGGAAGAGGGAGAGCGCCACGACCCAGAAUGCUCCUGCUGAUAAGUGUGCAUUGCAUCUUCUGAGACGUGGCACAGUCCUGCAAUGUGGCUACGAUGCCAUAUCUUCUAGGGUUAAAGGGUGGAGGGUUUUGUCGGUCUGUCAAUCUAUCGGUCUGUCUGUCUGUCAGUCAGUCUGCCUGUCAUGUCUUGCUGUGACAUCUGUGUGCGUGUUUGCCGCAGUCCACGCUCCUAGACCAGAUGUGGAGGUGCAAAGGGUUUCUCAAAGGGCUAACGGUGAGAUAGAGUAGACGGCUAGCUUCAUUCAUGUAAGUAAUAAUAGAUCACAAUUACACUGGAGACCUCGAGUACGUAUGAGGGGUGAAACCGUAACCUGUACGCGUCGGUUUCACAAAUGAUCUCAGGUUGUUUUGGGGGGACAGUUUGGUCAUUCGAUAUGCACAUACAUGAACGGCAGUGUCACAAAAGUGCCUCAGCUUGGAGUUCCUCUAAGCUGGCAAAGCUCUCUGGAGCUUCCCAAAGCCAGAGCGUCGAGGAUUAAAUUAAUAACCACUUUGAUAUUUCUAUGAAAGCAGAGUCUAACAGGCUCCUGGGGUAGUUUACCUCUGUUUACGAAGGUACUAGCUCAUCUAGGGAGUCAUUUGUAGAGCCAGUGAGACUGGAGAGCAGUUGAUGAAAGCUGAGCACAUCCCAUGGAUGUUGUGGCACGCAGACUUGCAUGAGACCUGCCUCAGUAAGAUCAAACAGUGCAUUAAGAAAUGCAGGUGCCUGGUCGGCUAAAGUGUAUGUGCAUAAUAAUCAAGGGAGCUCUUGUUCAUUCUCAGUAGAAUUGGGAAAAAUACAAUACCUACCAGUUACCCCAAAACUAUGCUAGGAAACCCAUUUGUUUGAAUGCUAAAUUCAGAGGAUUUUUGCAUGUGGUGGUGCCGAUUUCAUCCAUUUUAAGAAGAAAUGUCCGUCUUUCACUUUGUAGUUUAUGUAAUGGAUGUGCUUCCCAUACUUCAAUCUCUCUCUUUCUCUUUUGUAUGAUGGUGUGUUUGGGCUCAAGGGAUGUGCUAUUGCUGCUAGACUUUGGGGAUUACAUGGAAAGUGUACUUCUUCAACCGGAGUUGGGUCAGGUCUGUAAUACAGUCCAAUGCUGCAACUCAGUUUCCAAACUGUGCUGGUGCCUAAAGAUUCAGUUUGACUCUUUCUAGCAGCAAACUAGCAUAUGAAAACAAUGUCUUUAUGUUAUUGAUAAGUUGAGAUACACUUGUUUUUUUGUUUGGUUUUUUUUGGGUGCCGACUUUAUAUGGAAUUAUGUGUUUUCAAGGGAUGGUGAUGUCACAUGUUCUCUGUGUCUUUUCCAAACUUAAAAUGUGAAACUUGCCUUUCUAACAACAGCCACAUUCUUCUGUUUGCUAGCUGUGACUGUUGGGAAUGGGACAAACAUCUCAUUAUAGACUCGCUGUUGGGAAAUGUUGCUGUAAAUGUUCAGUUGUAAGUCACUGUUGGAGUUCACCCCGCAUGGUGUUCUCUCCAGAGUGGACUCUCCCAUCCCAGGCCGGCCCUCAUCUGGGUGUCAUCUGGCCCAGACUCACUCAAGAGGCUGCCGCCUGGGGGACGCCACACCAAGUAAAUCCACACACUGAAGAGACCUCCCAAGUGAGGGAAGGAAUCCUUGCUAAAUAGUAUACUGAGAACACUUGACCUUUUUUCCUCCUGAGACAAUUGACUCCUUUUCACUUUUUGUGAUUUUCUGAACGAAGUUGUACCAUAUAGAGUUGAUAACUGUUCAAAUAUAGUUUAACUACAAA